UACAUAUAUUCCUUUGAUAUACUUCAAAAAGUUACUAGUUCUUGAUAAGAGAAGACAUCAGAGACAAGAAAAAGGAGAGAGAAAAUAUGGGAAGAGGGAGAGUGGAGAUGAAGAGGAUAGAGAACAAAAUCAAUAGGCAAGUGACCUUCUCAAAAAGAAGAAAUGGUUUGUUGAAGAAAGCUUAUGAGCUCUCUGUUCUCUGUGAUGCUGAAGUUGCUCUCAUCGUCUUCUCUAGCCGUGGCAAGCUCUACGAGUUCGGCAGUGUCGGAGUUGAAAGAACUAUUGAACGGUAUCAUCGUUGCUACAACUGUUCUGUGACCAAUAAUAGGCCUGAAGAGUCUAAACAGAACUGGUGUCAGGAGGUGGCAAAGCUGAAAGCCAAAUACGAAUCGCUUGUUCGCACUAAUAGGCAUUUGCUUGGAGAAGAUAUUGGAGAAAUGGGCGUGAAGCAACUGCAAGCGUUGGAGCGGCAGCUGGAAGCAGCUCUUACUGCGACUCGACAACGGAAGACACAAGUUAUGAUGGAAGAAAUGGAAGAUCUUCGGAAAAAGGAGCGGCAACUCGGAGACAUAAACAAACAACUCAAGAUUAAGUUUGAAGCCGGAGGCCAUGCUUUCAAAUCCUUUCAAGACUUCUGGCCAAACUCGGCAGCAUCGAUGGCCGGUGAUCCUAACAAUUCUAAAUUUCCGGUUCAGCCUUCUCAUCCUGAUUCAGUGGAUUGCAACACCGAACCCUUUUUACAAAUAGGGUUCCAACAACAUUACUACGUGCAAGGUGAAGGGUCUUCGGUACCAAAGAAUAAUGUGGCAUGUGAGACUAAUUUCGUCCAAGAUUGGUUUCUUUGACCCUUUGUUGACUAGAUCACGAUGCCAGUGUCACUCCGAGUUCAGCUCUUAAGUUGGAUUCUUUAAUUAGAAUUGUUUUUUUUUAUAAGAAAAACUUAUGUUCUAGAGUUUUAUCACUGGUGCGAAUUCGUGUGAAUGUAUUCGCACGUAUGGGUUCCCUAAACAUUUUAACACGCUUGUUUUUCUAACACUCAUUUCAUACGAACUGAAAUUUAAUCA